AUGGCAGAGACAGCGGUUCAACCGCCGCUGUCGCAGGCGGUUGGGUACAUUGUCGUCGUCCUCAUCGGAGCCAUCAUCGCUCUGGUGAUGAUGUUGGUUACCAAGGUGCUCAAAAAGACAACUGGGGAAGACAACAAAAAGACCGAGAUGUUUAUGACUGCCAAUCGAACCGUCCGGACUGGUCUCACUGCCUCAGCUGUUAUCUCGUCCUGGUUAUGGUCAACUCAGCUGCUCGGCUCUUCUUUCACCGGCUACGACUAUGGCGUUUCUGGCCCCUUCUGGUUCGCUGCCGGUUGCAGUCCCAUGAUCGUCUUCUUCGCCCUAGUGGGAAUUUCAUGCAAGCGCAAGAUCCCAGAGGCCCACACCUCGCUCGAGGUGGUUCGCAUUCGAUACGGCCACAUUGCCCACGCUGUCUUCAUGGUUCUCUGUCUUGUGAACAAUAUCUUCGCCAGCGCCAACAUGCUUCUCGGUGCAUCGGCUGUGAUCUCGGCAAUCACCGGUAUGCAUAUAAUCGCCGCAACAUUCCUGCUGCCCGUCGGUGUGACUGUUUAUACAUUUGUUGGAGGCAUAAAAGCAACUUUCCUUACCGACUACUUCCACACAACCAUCAUUCUCAUCAUUGCCUGCUAUUUCUCAGUCAAGGCAUUCCAGUCUGACCAAAUCGGCUCGGUUGGCAACUUGUACGAGCUUCUCAAAUCGGCUGGCCAGCGGCACCCUGUCUCUGGGAACCAGGAUGGAACGUAUUUAACCAUGACCUCCAAAGAUGGAAUUCUCUUCGGGAUUCUGCACACCUGCUCCAACUUUGGUCUUGUGAUUAUGGACACGAGCUAUUUCAUCAAGGCGUUCUCAGCCUCGCCCAAGGCAGUUGUCCCAGGAUACGCGAUUGGAGGCGCCAUGUACUUCUCUAUUCCAUGGGCUCUCGGGACGGUGAUGAGCUCUGUUGCCCUGGGGUUGGAGAACCAGCCCAAUUUCCCAACCUACCCUCGAAGAAUGACUUCCUCUGAGGUCAGUGGUGGUCUUGUUCUCCCGUACGCCGCCAUGACCAUUGCAGGCAAAGGAGGAGCUGCAGCGGUCCUUCUCAUGAUCUUCAUGGCUGUGACAUCGACCCUAUCUGCCCAGGUGAUUGCCGUAAGCUCCAUCCUGAGUUUUGACGUAUAUCGCGAGUACUUUAAGCGAUCUGCGACGGACCGAGAUGUAAUCCGUGCCAGCCACCUUGGCGUCAUCUUUUUCGCGGCCUUCUGCGCUGGAUUCAGUACGAUGCUACACUACGUGGGCGUCGAUCUCGGCUGGACACUGUACAUGCUUGGCGUGGUUACCUGCCCAGGAAUCUUCCCUAUGGUCUUCACCGUGCUCUGGCGCCGACAGAGCAAAGCUGCUGCCAUUUUGUCGCCUAUCCUGGGAUUAGCAACUGGUCUAGCCGUCUGGCUUACCACUGCCGGUCAUUUCGGAGGCGAGGUGACCGUCGCUACCACUGGCCAAGUGCUACCGUGCGUCUAUGGCACCGUGGCCUCGGCCUUCUCGCCCAUCCUCUACUCCGUCCUGAUCACGCUUAUUCGCCCACAGGAUUAUGAUUGGAGUGAUUUCAAGAAGGAGAAGCUGUCGCUGGAAAAACUCGAGAGCGAUUUGACCACAGUGCACCAUGAAACACGCGACUCCACAGCAGGGAGCAUUGAGGACGGAGGCGUGAACAGCGCUGCUGUGAAAGCACAGGAGCUGAAGCGAUGGGGUCGGAUUGCAGCCUUCUGGGCGGUCGCGACAUUCUUGGGCCACUGGGUGCUGUGGCCACUUCCCAUGUAUGGCUCGCACUAUGUGUUUGGCAAGGGGUUCUAUAUUGCUUGGGUAGUGGUUGCCAUUAUCUGGCUUUGGGCAACAAUGUUCGUUGAGACGCUCUACCCCAUUGUCGACGGGGGUUACCAGCAGAUUUUGCAGGUCUACCGAGGCCUUCGUGGACGACAGCCAUUGCCCGCCGUUGCAAAACCUGGAGGAGAGUCUGCGGAUGGUUCAAUAAGUGAUGGCGCGCAGGGCGAGCAAGUUAAGGCUUAA